AUGUUCUACAAUGGAGUAUACCAUCUUUUCUACCAAUACAACCCGAAAGGUGCAGUGUGGGGUAACAUCGUGUGGGCCCACUCAGUGUCGAUGGAUCUCAUAAACUGGAAGGCCCUUAACCACGCGCUUUACCCAUCGAAGCCCUUCGACAAAUUCGGAUGUUGGUCGGGUUCAGUGACAAUUGUCCCAGGCAAGGGGCCCAUAAUCCUCUACACUGGAGUCAUAGACACGAACCAAACACAAGUUCAAUGUUACGCUGUACCCGAAGACCUGAAGGACCCGUACCUCCGCAAAUGGGUAAAACCCGACAAAUUCAACCCAUUUUUGGUCGCCGACAAAGGCGUUAACGGUAGUGCUUUUAGGGACCCCACAACGGCGUGGCGGAGCAAAGAUGGACACUGGAAAAUAUUGGUGGGUAGUCGAAGGGAGGAUAGAGGAAUGGCUUAUUUGUAUAGAAGCAAAGACUUUAGGAAGUGGGUUCGGGCCAAACACCCGCUCCAUUCUAGUAGCAACACGGGUAUGUGGGAGUGCCCGGAUUUUUACCCUGUUUCGCUUAAAGACAAAUUAGGGUUGGACGCAUCCGUGGAUGGAAGUCAUGUGAAACACGUUUUGAAAAAUAGUCUUGAUGUGACUAGGUAUGAGUAUUAUACUGUGGGAACCUAUAUUCAGGAGAUGGAUAAGUAUGUUCCCGAUAAAACUUCGGAAGAUGGUUGGCGUGGAUUGAGGUAUGAUUAUGGUAAUUUUUAUGCUUCUAAGUCGUUUUUUGAUCCUAGCAAAAAUAGGAGAGUCAUAUGGGGUUGGGCAAAUGAGUCUGAUUCUGCACAGGAUGAUACUCGUAAAGGAUGGGCAGGGAUUCAGGCGAUUCCUCGAACUGUGUGGCUGGAUUCAUCUGGGAGACAAUUGGUGCAAUGGCCUGUUGAAGAAUUAAAUAAUCUUAGAGGGAAAGAAAUAAGCAUGAAAAAUCAGAAGCUUCAGAAGGGAGACAUUGUUGAAGUAAAAGGAAUCACUGCUGCACAGGCAGAUGUGGAAGUUACAUUUUCAAUUUCAAGUUUGGACAAAGCUGAGAAAUAUGAUCCUAAGUGGGUAUAUGCACAAGAUGUUUGUGCUCAAAAGGGAUCAAAUGUUCAAGGUGGUGUUGGACCAUUUGGGCUUUUGACUCUGGCUUCUCAAGAUCUGGUGGAGUUUACUCCUGUGUUUUUCAGAAUUUUCAAAGAUUCAAAAAAGUAUGUGGCUCUCAUGUGCUCUGAUGCAAGAAGUUCCUCUUUGAAGAGUAAGUUGUACAAGCCAUCAUUUGGUGGCUUUAUAGACUUGGAUUUGACAACUGAUAAGAAAAUUUCUCUAAGGAGUUUGGUACGUGCAAUGAUCAAUUUGAUUGAUCACUCAGUAGUGGAAAGUUUUGGAGCAGGAGGAAAGACAAACAUUUUAUCUCGAGUUUAUCCAGAGCUAGCAGUGACAAAUCAAGCUCAUCUUUUUGUGUUCAACAAUGGCACUGAACCAAUCACUGUGGAAAACCUCAAAGCAUGGAGCAUGAAAUCUGCUCAUAUACACUGA